UGAGGGUUUUCAUCCCAACUCGCUACAGUCGAUUCUGAACUUUCGGACCUGAGGGUGCUGGAGGACGCUGUCGCAGCUUUUCUUCUCUCCUCAAUUUCAACACGCGUGGAUCGAAGUCAACUUAAUAUGAAAACAUGUCUGUAAAUGAAAUGUACGUUUUCCGACCAUUCAAGUUGAUUGCUUUACUUUGUGUAUUUCUGGCAUUGUGUCUGGACAUUGUAGCGUUACUGAGUCCAGCCUGGGUAACGGCAGAGCGGUUUUCUUUGUCGCUAUGGGAAUCAUGCACUGAAACAGAGGCUGGCUGGAGAUGCCUUUCCACCCUCACAUCUGGUAAGAAGCAUUAUUUUUUUCUCAAAUUCUUCUGUAUGUUGAUGUAAAUGAUGACUUUCAAGUGGUUUUCUAUCCAGAUGAAAAGGGAUCCACAAAAUGAGUUAUAAUCCUUGUCUCCCAAAAUAAUGUAGAAGUAUGUUGGCAGCGAAUGAAAAGGGACUAUUACUAUAGGAACCCAAAAAUUGUGAUAUUGGUAUUUUUUAUGCUUUAAAUCCCUGCUCUUAAGGCCCAUUAUCUAUAACAAACUCUAUAAAACAUGGCUAAAGACCUAAAGCCUGAUAUAGCCUACACGCCAUGGCAUAGAAAUUGGGGGUCUUCUGAUGCGGUUGUUUCUCUUUCUCAACCUUGUUGAAGUUCUAUAGCAUACACACACAUAUUAUAGACUUAUCCAGAUGGAUACAGAAACAAUGCGUAAAGCAAUCGGAUUAUAGUGAGAGAAAUACCUGGAAUUUACGGUGAAUAUCUACUGUAUGUACAUCAUGGAUGAAGAGAUCAAACAAUGGACCAUUGUUAAUGUACUGUAAUUUGCUUGUUCAACAUCGCUGUUGGUCCGGCUCCACAGAUACACUUGCGUUCCAGGGGCAAUAUUUUGUAGCCUGGUUUCCUUCUCUGUUCAGCUAUUCCACUAUUUGCCACUUGCCACUAUUACAUUCCACUCCUUGCCACUCCUGUCAUGAGUGGAAUAUGUUUUCUAAGAAGACUGGUACCCAGACUAAAUAUUUUGCUUUCUGCCCUGUCAUUCAGAGCGCACCACUUCUGUGAGUGAUUCUCGUGAUACAAGUAGCUGUUUAGGCUUAUCUGAGGCAGUUCUCUUUGAGUGUCGCCAGAGUUUGUUGAUCUGUUGUAAUGUGAAGUUUUCUUUCUCAGCAGAGCGUUGUAUUGCUGAGCAAUUAGUCCCCAUGAUGUACCAUCUGGGUGCUCCACUGACCUCUGUAGAGCUUUCCCACUGGGCACAGACGUCAGUUCAACGUCUAGGUUUGAUUUAGCCUACAUUUUGUUUUCCACGUUGAUUCAAUGUCAUCACAUAGAUUUUUUGGGUUGAAAUGACGUGGAAACCACGUUGAUUUAGGCAGUUUUUGCCCAGUGGGUUGUGAAUGCAUAGCAGUGUUCCACCUAUUCUUGCAUUCCUCUGGUGGAGAGGGCACUCUUGCUUUGUUAUCUCUUUUUGUGAGUCUCUCUCCCUCUCGCUCUCUUUAAAUGGGGAGGGGCCGUGGUUAUGGCCUGAAAUCGUCAUCAUAGAUACAUUUCACGGUUUAAGGAGGGAUGUUCUCACGCAUUCCGACAUAGGCCUAAGCCACAUAUUUAGGAGCAACAACUCUAGUUGUUCCGUGAUUGGCUCAGUUUGCUGUCACUCAUGGGGACACACAAUCUACAAGGAGAGCUAGAAAGUUCAAGCCCCCUUGGGUGCUGCCAUAGAUUUACAUUAGAAGUGCCCAUCCAAGAAGGCUCAAGGUCAUUGGCCACAAAUAAAAUGAUGUCAAAUCAUGUUAUAUCUACCGUAGAUUUGAUUGGACUUAUCAUGUCAACAUCAUACUUUCAAAAUCUUAGCUAGCAAGCUAGCAGUCAUCAUCAUGAAUCAAGUCGACAAUCUACUGGCAAAUCCUUUUCAAUCCUUGUCAUAUGAAGAGAAAUUAUAAAUAAAACGUAUCGGUGCUCAUCGGCCAUUGGACAUAAACAUUACACAACAAGUUGGAAAUCGCAAAUUCAACAUUGAGUGGUUUGGAAGGAAUCAGUGGCUAACUGCAAGCGUUGCAAAGUAAUCACUAUUUUGCUUCCCCUGCUAUUCGGUGGAGAGGGUGUGUGGGUUUAAGUUUAUUUUUUCCAAGCUUAAAUGGAUAAACAUUCACACGCAAUACCAUGGGCCACAAAAGGUUUAAUACAUUGGCCAUGCUCUCAAUCCAGCAUGACUUCUGCCACGUUCAAAACAACUGGAAACUCUGAACUGGGAAAUAUCAGAAUUCAGUGUGUUCAAGACAACUGGGAACUUGGAAAAAAACAGGCUCCGACUAGGAAAACACGUUUUGAACAGUCAUCCAACUCAGAAUUCCAAGUUGGGAACUCAAGCCUCUUUCUAGAGCUCCGACCUGAAGAUCACUGACGUCAUGAUUCGACCUUGUUUUUUCCAGAGUUCCCAGUUGUCUUGAAAGCACCAUAAAUCCAGAGAAUGCCAGACUUUGAUGACAAAGUUUCAUGACAAAAUCUUCCCACAAGAAGGACCGCUGCGCCACCUUCCUGUUCAAGUAAGCACAGCACAAUGGCAUUCACGCCAGGGUAAGCCUAUAUGAAAUACAGCCCUUAUUUUAAGUGUUUCUAAAAUCCCCUAUGGGAAAAAUGAAUGGUAGAAAAACAAUUGGAACCAUUUCCCUGUUUGACAUCUAGGUUGUAUGGGUAUUAUGACACCUCCACUGUGGGGCUCUAUUGUUGGUCUCUUUCAACAUUACAUGCUGCUUCCUUUGAGUUUCUUCCUUCUCCUCUACUGGUUCUCAGUAUCUCAGUAGCUGUUUUGGCUGAGCCUCCCAGCAGAGUAGAAUGUGCUGUUAGGGAAAGCCUCAGUGAGGAUGCUACUGCCACUGCAGCCAGCUUUAUUACUGCCUCAAGGCUCCAGCACAGAGCAGAGCAAAGAGGCUGGUAGGACACCAGAUGGGUGCUGUGAUCAGGAGAGGCAGGUUAACCCUGGCUGUCUCCUCUGAUAGGACCCUCUCGCUCAGUUCUGUGCCCUCCCCUGUUGUGCCCAGCCAGCCACACCCUCUCCCAGCUUGAUGGUCUGUCUCUGUCAGACAAACAGAAAAAACACUGUAGGGGGAGGUUAUCUUCUGCACUGUUCAACCAUUCCAGUAAAUGUGGAGGAGGAGUUAAGAUGGAGUGUCGCCUUGUUAAUAUUCCGGAUGGAAACAACUUCAGAGAGCAAGGUAGCACGUGUCGUAGCUAGCUGCUAGCCAGAUAUUAGCUAGCACUAUCUAGCGAUAAUGGAAUCUCCGACAAAGUUGACACCUACAAAAUUGGUAUGUGGUGUCUUUCGACUUUGUGGCAAGAACUUCAUCUCGAAGACAGACAUUACAUUUGACAUUUUCGUCAUUUAGCAGACGCUCUUAUCCAGAGCGACUUACAAAUUGGUGCAUUCACCCUAUAGCCAGUGGGAUAACCACUUUACCCUUUUUUUUUUUUUUUGGGGGUGUGGGGUAAGGGGGGGUAGAAGGAUUACUUUAUCCUAUCCCAGGUAUUCCUUAAAGAGGUGGGGUUUCAAGUGUCUCCUGAAGGUGGUGAGUGACUCCGCUGUCCUGGCGUUGUGAGGGAGCUUGUUUCCACCAUUGGGGUGCCAGAGCAGCGAAUAGCUUUGACUGGGCUGAGCGGGAACUGUGCUUCCGCAGAGGUAGGGGGGCCAGCAGGCCAGAGGUGAAUGAACGCAAUGCCCUCGUUUGGGUGUAGGGACUGAUCAGAGCCUGAAGGUAAGGAGGUGCCGUUCCCCUCACAGCUCCGUAGGCAAGCACCAUGGUCUUGUAGCAGAUGCGAGCUUCAACUGGAAGCCAGUGGAGUGUGCGGAGGAGCAGGUGACGUGAGAGAACUUGGGAAGGUUGAACACCAGACGGGCUGUGGCGUUCUGGAUGAGUUGUAGGGGUUUAAUGGCACAGGCAGGGAGUCCAGCCAACAGCGAGUUGCAGUAAUCCAGACGGGAGAUGACAAGUGCCUGGAUUAGGACCUGUGCCGCUUCCUGUGUAAGGCAGGGUCGUACUCUGCAAAUGUUGUAGAGCAUGAACCUACAGGAUCGGGUCACCGCCUUGAUGUUAGCGGAGAACGACAGGGUGUUGUCCAGGGUCACGCCAAGGCUCUUUGCACUCUGGGAGGAGCACACACCAGAGUUGUCAACCGUGAUGGCGAGAUCAUGGAACGGGCAGUCCUUCCCCGGGAGGAAGAGCAGCUCCGUCUUGCCGAGGUUCAGCUUGAGGUGGUGAUCCGUCAUCCACACUGAUAUGUCUGCCAGACAUGCAGAGAUGUGAUUCACCACCAGGUUAUCAGAAGGGGGAAAGGAGAAUAUUAAUUGUGUGCCGUCUGCGUAGCAAUGAUAGGAGAGGCCAUGUGAGGAUAUGACAGAGCCAAGUGACUUGGUGUAUAGCGAGAAUAGGAGAGGGCCUAGAACUGAGCCCUGGGGGACACCAGUGGUGAGAGCACGUGGUGCGGAGACAGAUUCUCGCCACGCCACCUGGUAGGAGUGACCUGUCAGGUAGGACGCAAUCCAAGAGUGAGCCGUGCCGGAGAUGCCCAACUCGGAGAGGGUGGAGAGGAGGAUUUGAUAGUUCACAGUAUCAAAGGCAGCAGAUAGGUCUAGAAGGACGAGAGCAGAGGAGAGAGAGUUAGCUUUAGCAGUGCGGAGAGCCUCCGUGACACAGAGAAGAGCAGUCUCAGUUGAAUGACCAGUCUUGAAACCUGACUGGUUUGGAUCAAGAAGGUCAUUCUGAGAGAGAUAGCAAGAGAGUUGGCUAAAGACAGCACGCUCAAGAGUUUUGGAGAGAAAAGAAAGAAGCGAUACUGGUCUGUAGUUGUUGACAUCGGAGGGAUCGAGUGUAGGUUUUUUGAGAAGGGGUGCAACUCUUGCUCUCUUGAAGACGGACUACCUAUAGUCAUCCACUAUAUGUUUCACCGGAGACUGUAAACAGCGAGGCGCACGUACAAAGCGGAAGUGGCGUCACAGGCUCUCUUCCUUUUCCCCUGAAAACCGUAUGUUUCCGUCACAUUAUAAGCUUCUGUGAUAGAUCUCCUUCCCUCUGUUGUUCCCUGGGCAGUGAGAGAGAACAUCUGCCUGCCUGGCGGAGCUCAUUAGGACCAGGGCUUCUGGGUGCAGGGGCAUGGUGGGGUUAACACUACAGGAGACAAAGGAGAAGGUGACCUGGGGGGCGAGAAAGACAUGACAGAGCUCAUUAUCUGCCUCCAGUGGAGCUUCUCUCUGUUCUCUGAGGCGAGCCAGCCAACCGAGACGCAACAGACCUGAGGGAGAACUGAACAGUCAGCUGGAUUUUGGAGCGCUGCACCUUGGCUCUAUCUGCACAGCCAGAACCUGGACAGAGGAGAGGCAGAGGCAGAUGAGAUGUAUGAGAUGGAAGAAAGUGUUUUGCACGUGGUCAAGUGAGCAUGUUUGAAGUAGCUUUGUGGAUCAAGCUCCCUUCACUGUCUAAAUUAAAACACUAGAGAGAACUGUGUAUGUUGGGGAAUUUUGAACUCUUUCUUGACCACAAAUACACACACACGUGUUUUGUGUUGUAACAAGUAGGCUUGUUUCCUGUUUGUCUCUCAUCACUGGUCUGAGUUUAUGGGGGAUCCAUUCAAUUCCACCAUACAGCCAUACACUACAUGACCAAAAGUAUGUGGACACCUGCUUGUCAAACAUCUCAUUGCAGAAUCAUGGGCAUUAAUAUGGAGUUGGUCCCCCCUUUGCUGCUAUAACGGGUCCGCGGUCCGUAACGCGUCCGCGGUCAAACGACCACCCCUCAUCACUGUCAAACGCUCCCUAAAACACUUUAGCGAGCAGGCCUUCCUAAUUGACCUGGCCCAGGUAUCCUGGAUGGAUAUAGAUCUCAUUCCGUCAGUAGAGGAUGCCUGGUUGUUCCUUAAAAGUAAUUUCCUCUCAAUCUUAAAUAAACAUGCCCCAUUCAAAAAAUACAGAACUAAGAACCGAUAUAGCCCCUGGUUCUCCUCAGACUUGACUGCCCUUGACCAGCACAAAAACAUCCUGUGGCGUACUGCAUUAGCAUCAAAUAGCCCCCGUGAUAUGCAACUUUUCAGGGAAGUUAGGAACCAAUAUACACAAGCAGUCAGGAAAGCAAAGGCUAACUUUUUCAAACAGAAAUUUGCAUCCUGUAGCACUAACUCCAAAAAGUUUUGGGACACUGUAAAGUCCAUGGAGAAUAAGAGCACUUCCUCCCAGUUGCCCACUGCACUGAGGCUAGGAAACACUAUCACCACCGAUAAAUCUACAAUAAUCGAGAAUUUCAACAAGCACUUUGCUACAGCUGGCCAUGCUUUCCAUCUGGCUACCACUACCCCGGCCACCAACUCUGCACCCUCCGCUGCAACUUGCCCAUGCCCCCCCCCGCUUCUCCUUCACACAAAUUGUUUUGAAAGAGCUGCAAAAUCUGGACCCCUACAAAUCAGCUGGGCUAGACAAUCUGGACCCUUUCUUUCUAAAACUAGCCGCCGAAAUUGUCGCAACCCCUAUUACUAGUCUGUUCAACCUCUCUUUCAUAACGUCUGAGAUCCCCAGAGAUUGGAAAGCUGCCGCGGUCAUCCCCCUCUUCAAAGGGGGUGACACUCUAGAUCCAAACUGCUACAGACCUAUAUCCAUCCUGCCCUGCCUUUCGAAAGUAUUUGAAAGCCAAGUUAACAAACAGAUCACCGACCAUUUCGAAUACCACCGUACCUUCUCCGCUAUGCAAUCCGGUUUCCGAGCUGGUCAUGGGUGCACUUCAGCCACGCUCAAGGUCCUAAACGAUAUUAUAACCGCGAUUGAUAAUAGACAGUACUGUGCAGCCGUCUUCAUCAACCUGGCCAAGGCUUUCGACUCUGUCAACCACCGCAUUCUUAUUGGCAGACUAAAUAGCCUUGGUUUCUCAAAUGACUGCCUCGCCUGGUUCACCAACUACUUUUCAGAUAGAGUUCAGUGUGUCAAAUCGGAGGGCCUGUUGUCUGGACCUAUGGCAGUCUCUAUGGGGGUGCCACAGGGUUCAAUUCUUGGGCCGACACUUUUCUCCGUGUAUAUCAAUGAUGUCGCUCUUGCUGCUGGUGACUCUCAGAUCCACCUCUACGCAGACGACACCAUUUUGUAUACAUCUGGCCCUUCAUUGGACACUGUGUUAACAAACCUCCAAACGAGCUUCAAUGCCAUACAACACUCCUUCAGUAGCCUCCAACUGCUCUUAAACACUAGUAAAACUAAAUGCAUGCUUUUCAAUCGAACGCUGCUGGCACCCGCCCACCCGACUAGAAUCACCACUCUCGACGGGUCUGACCUAGAGUAUGUGGACAACUACAAAUACCUAGGUGUCUGGUUAGACUGUAAACUAUCCUUCCAGACUCACAUAAAGAAUCUCCAAUCCAAAGUUAAAUCUAGAAUCGGCUUCCUAUUUCACAAUAAAGCCUCCUUCACUCAUGCUGCCAAACAUGCCCUCGUAAAACUGACUAUCCUACCGAUCCUUGACUUCGGCGAUGUCAUUUACAAAAUAGCCUCCAACACUCUACUCAGCAAAUUGGAUGUAGUCUAUCACAGUGCCAUCCGUUUUGUCUCCAAGGCCCCAUACACUACCCACCACUGUGACCUGUACGCUCUUGUUGGCUGGUCCUCACUACAUGUUCGUCGUCAAACCCACUGGCUCCAGGCCAUCUAUAAAUCACUGCUAGGCAAAUCCCCGCCUUAUCUUAGCUCAUUGGUCACCAUAGCAGCACCCACCCGUAGUCUGCGCUCCAGCAGGUAUAUCUCACUGGUCAUUCCCAAAGCCAACACCUCCUUUGGCCGCCAUUCCUUCCAGUUCUCUGCUGCCAAUGACUGGAACGAAUUGCAAAAAUCUCUGAAGCUGGAGACUCUUAUCUCCCUCACUAACUUUAAGCAUCAGUUGUCAGAGCACCUUACCAAUCACUGCACCUGUACACAGCCCAUCUGAAAUUAGCCCACCCAACUACCUCAUCCCUAUAUUGUUAUUUAUUUUGCUCUUUUGCACCCCAGUAUCUCUAUUUGCACAUAAUCUCUUGCACAUCUAGCAUUCCAGUGUUAAUACUAUUGUAAUUAUUUUGCAAUAUAGCCUAUUUUUUGCCUUACCUCCAUAACUUGCUACAUUUGCACACACUGUAUAUAUAUUUUCUGUUGUAUUUUUGACUUUAUGUUUUUUUACCCCAUAUGUAACUCUGUGUUGUUUUUAUCGCACUGCUUUGCUUUAUCUUGGCCAGGUCGCAGUUGUAAAUGAGAAUUUGUUCUCAACUGUCUUACCUGGUUAAAUAAAGGUGAAAUAAAUAAAAAUUAAAAAUAACAGCCUCCAGCCUUCUGGGAAGGCUUUCCACUAGAUGUUAGAACAUUGCUGCUGGGACUUGCUUCCAUUCAGCCACAAGAGCAUUAGUGAGGUCGGGCACUGAUGUUGGGUGAUUAGGCCUGGUUCACAGAUGGCGUUCCAAUUCAUCCCAAAGGUGUUCGAUGGGGUUGAGGUCAGGGCUCUGUGCAGGCCAGUCAAGUAUGGACCUCGCUUUGUGCAUGGUGGCAUUGUCAUUCUGGAACAGGAAAGGGCCUUCCCCAAACUGUUGCCACAAAGUUGGUAGCACAGAAUCGUCUAGGAUGACAUUGUAUGCUGUAGCGUUAAGAUUUCCCUUCACUGGUACUAAGGGGCCUAGCCCGAACCAUGAAAAACAGCCCCAGACCAUUAUUCCUCCUCCAUCAAACUUUACAGUUGGCACUAUGCAUUCGGGCAGGUAGCGUUCUCCUGGCAGCCGCCAAACCCAGAUUCGUCCGUCGGACUGCCAGAUGGUGAAGCAUGUUUCAUCACUCCAGAGAAGGAGUUUCCACUGCUCCAGAGUCCAAAGAUGGCGAGUUUUACACCACUCCAGCCGACGCUUGGCAUUGCGCAAGGUGAUCUUAGGCUUGUGUGCGGCUGUUCGGCCAUGGAAACCCAUUUUACGAAGGUCCCGACAAACAAUUAUUGUGCUGACGUUGCUUCCAGAGGCAGUUUGGAACUCGGUAGUGAGCACUGCAACCGAGGACAGACGAUUUUUACGUGCUUCAGCACUCGGUGGUCCCGUUCUGUGAGCUUGUGUGGCCUACCACUUCGUGGCUGAGCCGUUGUUGCUCUUAGACGUUUCCACUUCACAAUAACAGCACUUACAGUUAACCGGGGCAGCUCUAUCAGGGCAGAAAUUUUAUGAACUGACUUAUUGGAAAGGUGGCAUCCUAUGACGGUGCCAUGUUGAAAGUCACUGAGCUCUUCAGUAAGGCCAUUCUACUGCCAAUCUAUGGAGAUUGCAUGGCUGUGUGCUCGAUUUUAUACACCUGUCAGCAAUGGGUGUGGCUGAAAUAGCAGAAUCCACUAAUCUGAAGGGGUGUCCACAUACUUUUGUAUAUAUGGUGUAUUUCAGUGAGUGAUUAGAGUAGGAGUACCCUGUGAAUCAAUAUUGGUGAUGGUCGUUUGUAACAUGUGUCUCCUCCUGCAGACUGGCAGAUAGCCACCCUCGUGCUGCUGCUGGCCGGUGCUGCAGUGACUCUGGUGGCCUUCCUGGUGGCCCUCAUCUCCCUGUGCCGGGGGACACACAGAAGGCACUACCGCACAGUAGCCGUGUUCAUGUUCACUGCAGGUGAGUCCACCAUACCUAAACCAUCACAAACCCAACAAACCAAUCCCUAUUCGAUCUGGCGCCGACGAAGAUGGCGGCCUCGCGACUAUCUCUUAGGAAACUUUGCAGUAUUUUGUUUUUUUAUGUAUUAUUUUUUACAUUAUUAGCUCAGAAAGUGUUUUGUAUCAUUACAUACAGCUGGGGAAAACUAUUGGAUAUCAGAGCGGCGGUAACUCACCAGCAUUAUGACCAGGAAUACAACUUUCACGAAGCAGAUCCUUUGUUUGCUCUCCCAAGGACAACUGAACUGAUUCCAGCGGCUGACCCAAAACAUCGCCGGCGGAGGAGAGGCACUCGGAGCAGCCUGCUGGUUCGACUUAGGAGGCACACACACCAACCACCGCUUCCAAGUAUACUACUCGCUAAUGUUCAGUCUCUGGUUAACAACGUCAACGAACUCCGAGCAAGGAUUUCUUUCCAGAGAGACAUCAAGGCCUGUAACAGACUUUGUUUCACAGAAACAUGGCUGUCUUGGGAUAUUCUGUCGAAAUCGGUCCAGCCAGAGGGGUUCUCAGUUCAUCGCGCAGACAGGAAUAAAAAUCUCUCCGGGAAGCAGAAGGGCGGAGGUGUGUGUUUCAUGACAUACAGGAACUCGAGUCCUUUUGUUCACCUGACCUAGAAUAUCUCACAAUCAAAUGCCGACCGUAUUAUCUCCCAAGAUAAUUUUCUUCGGUUAUAGUCACGGCCGUGUAUAUCCCCCCUCAAGCCGAUACCACGACGGCCCUCAAAGAACUUCACUGGACCUUAUGCAAACUGGAAACCACAUAACCUGAGGCUGCAUUUAUUGUAGCCAGGGAUUUUAACAAAGCAAAUUUGAGGACUAGGCUGCCGAAGUUCUAUCAACAUAUCGACUGUUGUACUCGCGCUGCCAAAAUCCUUGACCAUUGCUAUUCGAACUUCCGGGAUGGUUAUAAGGCCCUCCCCCGCCCUCCUUUCGGCAAAUCUGACCACGACUCCAUUUUGCUCCUCCCUUCCUAUAGGCAGAAACUCAAAAAAGAAAUACCCGUGCUAAGGACUAUUCAACGCUGGUCUGACCAAUCGAAAUCCACGCUUCAAGAUUGUUUUGAUCACGCGGACUGGGCUAUGUUCUGGGUAGCUUCCGGAAAUAAUUUAGACGAAUACACUGAAACUGUGACUAAGUUUAUCAGGAAGUGUAUAGGUGAUGUUGUGCCCACUGUGACUAUUAAAACCUACCCUAACCAGAAACCAUGGAUGGAUGGCAGCAUUCGCACAAAUCUGAAAGCGUGAACCACCGCAUUCAACCAAGGUAAGGUGACUGGGAAUAUGGCAGAAUACAAACAGUGUAGCUACUCACUCCGCAAGGCAAUUAAUAGGGCAAAACAUCAGUAUAGAGACAAAGUGGAGUCGCAAUUCAACGGCUCAGACACGAGACGUAUGUGGCAGGGUCUACAGACAAUCAUGGACUACAAAAGGAAAACCAGCCACGUCGACGACACCGACGUCUCGCUUCCAAACAAGCUAAACACCAUCUUCGCCCGCUUUGAGGAUAACACAGUGCCACUGACGAGGCCCACUACCAAGGACUGUGGCCUCUCCUUUUCCGUGGCCGACGUGAUUAAGACAUUUAAGCAUGUUAACCCCCGCAAGGCUGCCGGCCCAGACGGCAUCCCUAGCCGCGUCCUCAGAGCAUGCGCAGACCAACUGGCUGGUGUGUUUAUGGACAUAUUCAAUCUCUCCCUUUCCCAGUCGGCUGUUUCCACAUGCUUCAAGGUGUGUUUCAUUGUUCCUGUACCCAAGAAAGCAAAGGUAACUGAACUAAAUGACUAUCGCCCUGUAGCACUCACCUCUGUCAUCAUGAAGUGCUUUGAGAGACUAGUCAAGGAUCAUAUCACCUCUACCUUACCUGUCACCCUAGACCCACUUCAAUUUGCUUACCACCCCAAUAGAUCCACAGACGAUGCAAUCGCCAUCACACUGCACACUGCCCUAUCCCAUCUGGACAAGAGGAAUACCUAUGUAAGAAUGCUGUUCAUUGACUAUAGCUUAGCAUUCAACACCAUAGUACCCUCCAAGCUCAUCAUUAAGCUCGAGGUCCUGGGUCUGAACCCCGCCUUGUGCAUCUUGGUCCUGGACUUCCUGACGGGCCGCCACCAGGUGGUGAAGGUAGGAAACAACAUCUCCACUUCGCUGAUCCUCAACACUGGGGCCCCACAAGGGUGCGUGCUCAGCCCCCUCCUGUACUCCCUGUUCACCCAUGACUGCAUGGCCAAGCACGCCUCCAACUCAAUCAUCAAGUUUGCAGACGACACAACAGAUGACGAGACCGCCUACAGGGAGGGGGUGAGGGCUCUGGGAGUGUGGUGCCAGGAAAAUAACCUCUCACUCAACGUCAACAAAACAAAGGAGAUGAUCGUGGACUUCAGGAAAUAGCAGAGGGUGCACCCCCCCUAUCCACAUAGACGGGACCUCAGUGGAGAAGGUGGAAAGCUUCAAGUUCCUUGGCGUACACAUCACCGACAAACUGAAAUGGACCACCCACGCAGACAGUGUGGUGAAGAAGGCACAACAGAACCUCUUCAACCUCAGGAGGCUGAAGAAAUUCGGCUUGGCACCUAAAACCCUCACAAACCUUUACAGAUGCACAAUUGAGAUCAUCCUGUCGGGCUGUAUCACCGCCUGGUACGGCAACUGCACCGCCCGCAACCGCAGGGCUCUCCAGAGGGUGGUGCAGUCUGCCGAACGCAUUACCGGGGGCAAACUACCCACCCUCCAAGACACGUACAGCACCCGAUGUCACAGGAAGGCCAAAAAGAUCAUUAAGGACAUCAACCACCCGAGCCACUGCCUGUUCAACCCGCUAUCAUCCAGAAGGCGAGGUCAGUACAGGUGCAUCAAAGCAGGGACCGAAAGAAUGAAAAACAGCUUCUAUCUCAAGGCCAUCAGACUGUUAAAUAGCCAUCACUAGCACAUUAGAGGCUGCUGCUGCCUAUUGAAAUCACUGGCCACUUUAAGAAAUGGAACACUAGUCACUUUAAUAAUGUUUACAUAUCUUGCACUACUCAUCUCAUAUGUAUAUACUACAUUAUAUUCUAUAAUAUUCUACUGUAUCCUAGUCCAUGCCGCUCUGUCAUUGCUUGUCCAUAUAUGUAUAUUUUCUUAAAUUCCAUUCCUUACUAGUUUUGUGUGUGUAUUGGGUAUAUGUUGUGAAAUUGUUAGAUAUUACUUGUUAGAUAUUACUGCACUGUCGGAGCUAGAAGCGCAAGCAUUUCGCUACACCCGCUAUAACAUCUGCUAAACACGUGUAUGUGACAAAUACGAUUCGAUUUGAUUUGAUUUGACUACAUGAACACCAUACAGGGACAUACUGUGCCAAACACAUACAAAUCAAAUCACAUUUUAAUCAUCACAUGCUUUGUAAAGAACAGGUGUAGACUAACAGUGAAAUGCUUACUUACAAGCCCUUCCCAACAAUGCAGAAAGAAAAUAGAGAAAUAAUAGAAAGGUAAUAACACGUAAUGCACAAUGAGUAACAAUAACUUGGCUAUAUACACGGGGUACCAGUACUGAGUCCAUGUAAUUGAGGUAGAUAUGUACAUAUAACUAGGAACAAAGUGAAAAGGCAACAAGAUAGAUAAUAAACAGUAGCAGCAGCGUAUGUGAUGAGUCAGAAAAUGAGUGCAAAAAGGGUCAAUGCAGAUAGUCCGGGUAGCUAUUUGGUUAACUAUUUAACUGACUAUUAAGCAGUCUUAUGGCUUGGGGUAGAAGCUGUUCAGGGUCCUGUUGGUUCCAGACUUUGUGCAUCAGUACCACUUGCCGUGCGGUAACAGAGAGAACAGUCUAUGACUGGUAUAGAGGUCCUGGAUGGCAGAGAGCUCGGCCCCAGUGAUGUAUUGGGCCGUAUGCACUACCCUCUGUAGCGCCUUGUGGUCGGAUGCCAAGCAGUUGCCAUACCAAGCAGUGAUACAGCCAGUCAAGAUGCUCUCAAUGGUUCUACUGUAUAACUUUUUGAGGAUCUGUGGGCCUAUAUUUUCAGCCUCUUCACGACUGUGUUGGUGUUUGUGGACCAUGAUAGAUCCUUAGUGAUGUAGACACCAAGGAACUUGAAGCUCUCAACCCGCUCCACUACAUCCCUGUCGAUGUCAAUAGGGGCAUGCUCGGCCCUCCGUUUCCUGUAGUCUACGAUCAGCUCCUUUGUCUUGCUGACGUUGAGGGAGAGGUUGUUGUCCUGGCACCACACUGGCAGGUCUCUGACCUCCUCCCUAUGGGCUGUCUCAUUGUCGUUGGUGAUCAGGCCUACCACUAAUGAUGUUGUUGGAGUCAUGUGUGGCCUCGCAGUCAUGAAUGAACAGAGAGUACAAGAGGGGACUAAGCACGCACCCCUGAGGGGCCCCUGUGUUGAGGGUCAGCGUGGCAUAUAUGUUGUUGCCUACCCUCACCACCUGGGGGCGGCUCGUCAGGAAGUCCAGAAUCCAGUUGCAGAGGGAGGUGUUCAGUCCCAGGGUCCUUAGCUUAGUGAUGAGCUUGGAGGGGACUAUGGUGUUGAAUGCUGAGCUAUAGUCAAUGAACAGCAUUUUCACAUAGGCACAACAUGGAGAUACAGUAUAAUGCUUUCCCUCAUACCACAUUGGUCUCCAUACAGACAGAAUUCACAAUUUCAGAACAUAGUCAAGUUGUUUGCACAAAGCUAAAUAGACUGAGACUGUGAGGGUGGAGAAGGAGAGGUUGGGGGGAUGAGAGGGGAGUUGGAGUUGAGCUAACUCUUUCUGUGGUGAGGGAUCUGCUGUGAAACCCAGAAAGCAGGCUGAUGUGUGCCAAGAAAAAGCAGCCGCAGAAUUUGCACAGUUACCAGUGAAGAGAGGAAUGUAUUCCUUCAUGGAUAAUAUCCAGGAAGAAAAAACUCAUUCUCCCACAGCUCUCUCUGCUCGGUCUGCUCCCCCUCUCUCUGCUUGCACUCUCUGCUUCCUCUCUUCCCUCUCUCUGCUCUCUCUUUCUCUCUCUCCCCCUCUCAAUGGUCUCUCUUUCAUUUUCUGCUCUCUCUCUCUCUUUCCCCCUUUCUCUCUGCUCUCUCCUUCACUAGGCUUUUCCUUCUCAGGUUCAGGGAAAACACAAUUAAGAGGCCAUGCCGGAAUGACAGUGCUGAGGAGCAUUUAACUCUUAAAACUAACUAAUUGUUCAAAACAAACUCAUUUCACAAUACUUUUUAUCUGUCUUCUCUGAACUGUACUGUAGCAAAUCAACAGCUGCAUAUUACUACCAAUACAUCGCCAUAUAAAACAUCCACAGAGGGGACAAGCACAGUAAGCCAAAUAAGGAAGCAAUAUUAAAACCAACAUCGCUUUUUUCUGUUUGUUCUUGUAAUGAAAAAGAGUGUGUGUGUGCAUGUUUGUGUGUGUGAUGUCAGGAAUAGAGCAGUGUGCAGUGCAAUCAGUACAUCUUGUGGUUUGAAAACAAUGAUGAAGCAGAGACAAAAGCCUUUGCCUGGUUUGUGCUAUGUCCCACUUUCCCCAACAUUCCCCAAUAUAAAACAAACUUAUAUAACAGACAGGCAUCCUAUUAUUGAAUUUAUGUAGAAUGAAAACAAAUACCAUUGCUCCCACUCCCGGCACUUUCUCGGGCCUAAACAAAUAUCUUUCCCAAGUUUUCUGCUUGGGAAGUUUUCUGCUUGGAGUCCAUUGAGAGACAGGUGUCAGGAUGUAUACAAGCAACCAUUGGUUCCAUCAGCCAGUUACUUAGCCAGUUGCUCUUAGAAAAAGCCAAAAGGCCUCCAAUACUGUAGGACCAGUAUGUGGUGGGAUAGAUUGUGGUAGAUGUAAUGUCUGAUGCUGUCGCUGUUUGUCAUUUGCUAAGAAAUGUGGGAGAUGCAGUGUUUUUUUUCCCUCUCUGUAAUUGCUUUCAGGCCUGUUAAGGAUAAAGGUCUCCUUAUGGCAGGAGAGCCCUCAGUCACAGGAUGGAGGGGAGAGGGGGGCUGUGGUAAAUGCCCCCAGUCAGAGAGAGAGGCUAAGAUUCAGUGUUGUGCCUGUCUGCUGGCCAGAAGUACAGCCCCAGCCCAACCGCCUCAGUCUGGCCUCCGUCAACAGUCACGUUCCUGGGCUUAUGUCUCAUGCUCGCCCCCUCCUCUCCUCCAGGCCCCGCCGCCUUGUCCAGCAGGAAGUAAAUAGAUGGGGUCUCAGUAAAGUACACAAUGUCCCCUCUCUGAGUCAGUCCACAUAUACACACACUCACACGUGCACAUGCACACAGGGAAAAGGAACAGUAGUUAGAGAGAGCCCACACUGUGGUAUUUCCUCUCCCCCUCUUUAAACAUGACGCCUUACUGUUUGACCCUAAAAGUAGGAAGAAGACACAUGCCUCACCGCACACACGUGAGUACACCCGUGUGUGUGUACACACACACACACACACAGACUGACCAACGCUCACUCUGAUUCAUUGCCCACACAGUGACUGCUUCCCUGCUCUUAAAUAUAUUUAUUAGGAAUGUGUUGACUCAGAAUGUGAGGAAUGUGAUGUGAGGAGUUUACACAAUGUGACCAAAGUGAAUCAAAGUGAAUCAUAAAGUGAAUAGUUAUGUCUGUAGUGGUAUUAUAACCAAUUUCAAUCGACUGACAUUGGUGACUAUCCCAUAGGAUGAACAGGACACUCGCUGAGCCUUAUAACAGUCUAACAACUGUGUGGCAACUAGUGCGUCAAACCUUUCCUACUCCACAUACAAAGUGCACAGAGAAAUGUUAACACAGCAUAGACAUAAUAAAAGUUCUGUCACUAUAGGGAUAUUAUAGAGUGACCCAAUGUGUUUUCUAUUAUAAGCUCUGCCACCAUAGGUCCGACCACAGUCCAGCGGAACACAACUUCACAAGUUAUAAAGGCACACUUGUGGAACUUUUUACUUUUCUUUGGAAGUUCAGGAUUAUAGGCUUUGGCCACUUGACAGUAUAUGCCCACAAAGAGUUAGAAUUAUAAUAGGCUUUUACCUACAGACUUCAGUUCAGCGUGUAAAAUGCUGGACCAGAAUUGUUCACUACAAUAAUCCUAUAUUUAGGCUGUGGUCAAUAAAGGCCAAGAAUGUUCUGCCAUAACCAUACAACAUAUGGUAGAGCAUUUCUCAGUGUCAACCCAAGGAGAAUGCAUUAGAACUUUAUUAGAGAACUAGAGAUUGGAUACAGCAUGCAGUAGUAUGUUUUGUUUGUUUACUGAGUGGUGGAGCAUGGGCGGCUGGGUUUGUUGUGCCUGUUAGUUGGCUGCUGGCUGCAGUAAUGAGCAGCUGUUGGGUCUCUGAGGGAGGGGCACAGAGAGUGUGAGAGGAACCCAGGGGGAUGAACAGGGUUUAUAGAGUGUAGAGGACACUGAGGGGAGGGGGUGUGAUAGGACCCCCUGGGUAGCGGCUGGUUGGGGUUCUAUCACCCCCCUGCUAGCCUGGCUGUUGUUCCCUCUCUGACUCACACAUGGCUCCAGUUUCCCAUCAGCAGCCUUGGCAUCACUAGCUCCCUACCUGCACACAGCUAGUCAUUCAUUCAUACAACAAGGCAAGCAGAAGUGAUGAUGGCUAGCUGGUUCCCUUUUACCAGGACACAUCUCAAAUAGUUGGGCCCUAUAAAAUCUGUUUUAUUUUUUGCAUGAUUCAGUUUUUUCACCCCAAAUUCAGUUUUCUCCGUUUAGUUUUUCCCGGUUUUCGUUUUAAGUUUUCUCUUUCCAAAUCACGUUUUUUAAAUUGAUUGAAAAACACCACAAUUGAGAAUUCUAUGUCCACAACAAUGCUUAAAACCACAUCAGAAGACCACUUUGAGGUCUGGGAAAAAUCUAAGAAAUUUAGAUUUUUGGGUGUAGUUACCCUUUAAUGCAAGUAUACACCAACAAGAGACUGUUGUUUGGUUAGUUAGGUUUCUGUAGCGCUCAUGUGAUUGCAGAGUUUGCAAAACAAAUGGCCACUGGAUUUAUGCAGAUAAUAAAAUCAAAUCAAAUCAAAUUUUAUUGGCCACAUGCGCCAAAUACAACAGGUGCAGACAUUACAGUGGAAUGCUUACUUACAGCCCUUAACCAACCGUGCAUUUAUUUUUAAUAAAAAAGUAGAAUAAAACAACAAAAAAGUGUUGAGAAAAAAAUAGCAGAAGUAAAAUAAAAUAACAGUAGGGAGGCUAUAUAUACAGGUGGGUACCGGUGCAGAGUCAAUGUGCGGGGGGCACCGGCUAGUUGAGGUAGUUGAAGUAAUAUGUACAUGCAUAAAUAAUUAACAGAAUAGCAGCAGCGUAAAAAGAUGGGGUGCGGGGCAGUGCAAAUAGUCCGGGUAGCCAUGAUUAGCUGUUCAGGAGUCUUAUGGCUUGGGGAUAGAAGCUGUUGAGAAGUCUUUUGGACCUAGACUUGGCACUCUGGUACCGCUUGCCGUGCGGUAGCAGAGAGAACAGUCUAUGACUAGGGUGGCUGGAGUCUUUGACAAUUUUGAGGGCCUUCCUCUGACACCGCCUGGUAUAGAGGUCCUGGAUGGCAGGAAGCUUGGCCCCAGUGAUGUACUGGGCCGUACGCACUACCCUCUGUAGUGCCUUGCGGUCAGAGGCCAAGCAGUUGCCAUACCAGGCGGUGAUGCAACCAGUCAGGAUGCUCUCGAUGGUGCAGCUGUAGAAUUUUUUGAGGAUCUGAGGACCCAUGCCAAAUAAUAAUGAUAUCAUUCUGCCAGGUAGGCAUAGGCUACUUUGUAGUUGACAUUUAAUUGAGAAGGUUUUUGGGAAUGCCUUUCCAGCUUCCAGAAGACAGUUGUCAUUACAUUAGCGUCAUCGCUAACGGCUACACAAAGUGGUAGACAAACGCGCACACACAGACUGGGGCAUUCCUGUGUCAUUGCCUCUUCAGAAAGUUGAAGGAAAAUACAAAUCACUGAUGCAUUUUGUUAAUGUCUUAUGAUAAUCAUGGGCAUAUUAAUGAAUGUUGUAAUAAGUUCAAUACAUUUUUUUAUUCCGUUUUAAUGUCUGGAUUCCGUGAUUCUGUUGGCAACGUGGAUUUUAUAGGGCCCUAAAAUAGUAUACAGAGAUAGGAGACGCACAAAGUCUAACUGUAAACAUGUUCACAUCUUUCUGUGGAUUUCUUAUCAAGAUUUUUUCCCUUUCUUUCAGUGGUCCUUCAGGCCUGUGCACUGGUCCUCUACCCAAUCAAGUUCAUUGAUGGAACAGUCCUGCAGACCUACCAUGAGUUCAACUGGGGCUACGGACUGGGCUGGGGAGCCACCAUCUUCAUGCUAGGAGGAGGCAUCCUCUUCUGCCUCCGGACGGACAUGUAUGAGGACGCUAUGUACUGAGUCCUUUCUCUCUCCUUCUCCUACUCUCUCUAUCUAUCACACACACACACACACACA